AUGGAGUGGUUUAACAACGACGAACUCCAGAUGAACGAGUUCGUCAACGGCAACAAUUGGUAUGUGCCGCCGACGCCCAACCCGGAUGCGACGCCUAUUCCGGGGGUGGCUACUAACAUGGAAAUAACAUCGCCAGUUGAUAUGGAGCCUGCUAAAGGGAGGGGCAAGGGCAAGGUUGCAGAUGAUGAGGGGCCAAAGAAGUAUAGUCCACAGGAGACGUUGUGGCUAGCCAAGAACUUUGUCGACGUCUCCGAGGAUCCUAUCAUCGGCAACCAUCAGAGCGGCAAAGUGUUCUGGCAGCGGAUUGCGGAGAAGUACAACGUUGGUCGCCCUAGAGGGUCGUUCGAGCGUAGCUACGUGAAGCUACGUAAGCAUUGGGGUCGGGUCCAGAAGGAGAUGAACAAGUGGAAUGGCAAGUGGACCAACGUACUUUGGAUGUGGCCGAGCAGGCACAGCGAGAUGGACCUCGUGGAUAAGGCCAAGGCGGAGUUCUUCUCUGACGGGAAGAAGCAUUUCAAAUACUUCGAUGUUUGGAAGAUUGUCGAGAAGAGCCCGAAGUACACCGAUGGGGCAGAACCGGCGCCAAGUGGGGCGCCAAAGAGAACCAAAGUGUCUGCAGCUGGAAACUAUUCUUCGAGCGAAGGAGGUCCGACAAUCAACCUCAACGUGACAGACGACGACGUCUCCCUCUCAUCCUCUAGCACUCAAAGCCGUCCGAUGGGAACAAAGACGGUAAAGAGGAAAGUGAAGGGGAAGGCAACUGCGAGCUACUCCGCUAUGCCGCCACCGCCGCCCAAUCAUUCUCUGGAUAAGAUAUUCGACUCUGUGUCGGAUAAGAUAUUCGACUCUGUGUCGGAGAUGAGUAUUACCUGGUGGAUGAGCCAGCUGACGGAGUUGACAUCGAGGGAGAGUUCGAUCUCGAGUUGCACCAUGAGAUGA